AUGUUGCCAACCACAACACACUUGGAGGACCUCUGCUCCUUCAGCGCGCUCCUGCCGUCCACGCGCGCGCGCUACGCCGCCCUGGUCGUGUAUGCGCCGCUCGGCUUCGUAGUCGCGGUAGUGCGGCUGCUCCUUUGCCUGCUCGUCGCUGUGACCCAUCUCGCAGUGGCUCCGUUCCUGCCACCAGCAACACGCGCAAUUUUGGAAUCCGCAGCCGUCCGAGCGAUGACUCUCAUCGGAGGCGUCCGCAUCCGCCUGCAGACGCCUGGCGGCGCUGCUGCGUCGCCGCGAGUAGCAGAGAGGCUGCGACACGCCCGCGUCGUGGUCGGCAACCACGUGACGCAGUUCGACAGCCUAUUCCUCCGCGUGUGGUGCGGCGGCAGCCUCGCAGUUCCCGUACGAGAGACGUACGCCAAGAGCGGGUGGCUCCUGCUUCACCUCACUCGCAUGGUGGUGUCGCCAAUCUGGACACCGCCGCCCGCCAGCCACGCGAGCGGCUCCACCGAGCCCUUUGGUCGUGCCGCACGCGUGCCGUCGGCUCCCGGUGCCCGGAGGGAGCGGGAGGGCCGCGCCGCCGUCGAGGGGGCGCUCCGCCGCCACCUGCGCCGGGAGGGCGAGCCGCACGAACCGCUACUCAUCUUCCCCGAGGGAUCCAUCACCAACGGGGCGGGGCUGAUGCGCUUCGCGAGAGGCGCUUUUCGCCUCGGAGAGGAGGUGCAGCCUGUUGCGCUGCGCGUGACGUGCCCGCUGCCUCUCGCGCACGACACGCUCACCUCUUCGCUGCCUCGAAACUUUGCGCGCGCCCUCUUCCAGCCGUGGCACGUCGCCGAGGCGCUCAUCGCGGCGGAGCUCGGCGUGCCGGCGACGCGGUGGAGCUCGGCCGACAAGGCAGAGCUCAAGCGGAGGUACGGCCUCCUCUAA